AUGCAGCUGCACUUCUCACCCGGCAUGAGAAGUAUAACGAUCUCGAACGGUGGCAAUGGCAAUGGAGGAGGGGGCGAUUUGAUGAAGAUAAAGGUUGCGCCUCGUCACAUUUCCUUCCGCUCGCUCUUCCAUGCCAUUUUGAUUCUUGCUUUUUUGUUGCCCUUUGUCUUCAUUCUUACAGCUGUCAUUACCCUCGAGGGUGUCAACAAGUGCUCCUCAUUUGAUUGUUUUGGAAGAAGGUUGACGCCAAAGCUUCUUGGUAGAAGUGAUGAUUCUGGGAGGACUGUCAAGGAUUUUGUUAAGGUCCUCAAUCAAGUGAACUCUGAGAAAGUGCCCGAUAUCCUGAAGCUCCCACAGUCUUUCAGUCAACUCGUUUCUGAAAUGAAAAAGAACAAGUACAAUGCAAAGGAAUUUGCUUUCAUUUUGAAAGGAAUGAUGGAGAAAUCAGAAAGGGAGAUAAGGGAGUCAAAGUUUGCAGAGCUAACAAACAAACACUUUGCUGCAAGCGCAAUUCCUAAGGGCAUUAACUGCCUCUCUUUAAGGUUGACCGAUGCAUACUCUUCCAAUGCUCAUGCACGCAAACAGUUGCCUUCACCAGAGUUUCUCCCUUUGCUUUCUGACAAUUCAUACCAUCACUUUGUAUUGUCUACCGACAACAUUCUUGCUGCUUCAGUUGUGGUCACAUCUGCUGUCCGUUCAUCUAUAAAUCCUGAAAAGGUUGUUUUCCAUGUCAUAACUGACAGGAAAACUUAUGCAGGCAUGCAUUCAUGGUUUGCCUUGAAUCCUGUCUCUCCUGCUACUGUUGAAGUGAGAGGAGUUCAUCAGUUUGAUUGGUUAACAAGAGAGAAUGUUCCAGUACUUGAAGCUGAGGAGAACCACAAUGGGAUUUGGAAUUACUACCAUGGAAAUCAUGUCGCUGGGGCCAAUCUUAGCACUACAUCCCCUAGGACAUUUGCCUCAAAAUUACAAGCUAGAAGUCCCAAGUACAUCUCAAUUCUCAACCAUCUACGCAUAUAUCUCCCAGAGCUUUUUCCAAACCUUGACAAGGUGGUUUUCUCUGAUGAUGAUGUUGUAAUUCAGCGUGAUUUGUCCCCUCUUUGGGAAAUUGAUCUUAAUGGGAAAGUUAAUGGAGCUGUUGAAACUUGUAGAGGUGAAGAUCUGUGGGUAAUGUCUAAGAGAUUUAGGAACUACUUUAACUUUUCUCAUCCGCUUAUAGCCGACAAUUUGGAUCCUGAUGAAUGUGCAUGGGCAUAUGGGCUGAAUAUUUUUGACUUGCGUGCAUGGAGAAAGACAAACAUCAGGGACACUUAUCAUGCCUGGUUCAAGGAGAAUUUGAAUUCAAAUCUAACUUUGUGGAAGCUUGGCACUUUACCUCCUGCUUUGAUUGCAUUUAAGGGUCAUGUUCAUCCAAUUGAUCCUUCCUGGCAUAUGCUUGGGUUGGGCUAUCAGAGCAAAACAAACAUUGAAAACGUGAAAAAGGCGGCUGUAAUUCACUACAACGGCCAGUCAAAACCAUGGUUGGAGAUUGGCUUUGAGCAUCUCCGGCCAUUUUGGAACAAGUAUGUUGAUUACUCUAAUGAAUUUAUUAGGAAUUGCCACAUCUUGGAGUAG